GGUGUAUUUGUGAUGGUGGUUACCAGGUAAUGAUGGUAUAUUAAGAUCGCGAGCAUUCUGUGCGUUGUCCCUCUCUGUGUUGCUUCCCGUCACAUUGCACAUGAGAGAUAAUCCUACCAAUAUUUUUAUUUUGACGAAAAGGCCCGGAGAUUUUCAAACUAUCAAUGGCAACGCAGAAGAGAAUCCUAAUCUGGAGCGUGCCGCGGUCUCUCUCCACCGUGCUGAUGAGGUCGUUGUCACAGGCUCGUGAUUCGCUGGUCCUCAACGAGUACCUUCUAUUAGCAGGCUUGAACGAGGUACCCGAAGCCUUGGGUGAUCGGAAGGACCUUGUCGACAUUGAGACAGAGUCUAGUUUCAACAUCCAAUCCUGGAAGGCCAUGUACGAGCAGCCGCAUCCUGGCAAAUCGUUUAUUCUCGGCAAAGAGAUGGCCGACUCGUUGGGCGGCAGGAUGGAGAUGAUACCCGAUGGAUACACUCACGUCUUCCUGAUGCGCCACCCUUUCAAAUCAAUCACAUCUCAUUACAAAUCGCUCUGGUGUUUUCCAGAGGACGUGAGAUAUUCCAUGGUCGAUCACAGCUAUCACAAAGGCUUGGCUGGCGUGUACGACUACGUGACCCAAACCCUCGGCCAUACCGCGCCCGUGGUGUUAGACACCGCUGACCUUCUGGCCAAACCCGCGGAAGCCGUGCGACUGAUCUGCGAAGCCACCGGGAUGCCUUUCAGCCAAGAGCUUCUCCGUUGGGAUCAGGUCAAAGACGAGCUACCCUCCAACUGGUUGAUGCCCAAGGUCCUUUGGAGCAAUGGCGUGAAAGUCGGCAUGUACAAGUCGGCCUUUGAGAGCACAUGUUUCCACACCAAUGAAGAAACCUCUGGUGCAGCCACGGAGGGUACAGAUACUAUCAAACCUGAAAUCCAGCAGUUGAUCCAGGAUGCUCUGCCAUAUUACGAUACCCUUUCUAAGCACCGUUUAGUUGUGGAGUAGAUGAUUCAAUCUACGGAAGAAAAUCAAUACCGAAAGAAUCUUGAGGCCUUGAAUAUUGGCUCAAAAGCAUAAAUAUAACAUUGUUUUUUUUUAAUUCAUCCCCUUUUAAAACUCACUACCUGUUUAAGCUUUGAUUCGGAGUGCUGUGGUGUUGAGUAACAUUAUAAAUAACAGCUGAAGAAUUACAAACAUCUUUGCUAGUAUUGUUUUAAAUAGAGUUACAGGAAAAAUUGGGGUUUUUUUUAACAAGAACAUUCAAGACGGAUUUAAUUAACUCACAUAAUAAAUGUGCACAAGUUUAUUUGUGAUCACCAUAGAACACACCGCUCAAUGUGGUCGUUGUUGAUCGUAGGUAAUCAUGAUUACAUCAAUAACAUUAAACGGUACAAAUUGAGUUAUUAGAGAGACACUGAUCAUUAGGGAGACAAUUUAUAUCUUGGUCUCUAUCUCUCUCUGAUGACUUUUUAUAACUACCAUUUCUUUCCUGUGUAAUCUUAUCGGAGUGUGAUCUCGUUAUGUUUUAGGUCGACUGAGAUCACCUGAGCAUUAGUCAAAGUCCGUUUUUCACCUGCGAUAUUAAAAGGACCAACACAACAGAAUUUAUCUAAAUGAAAUUGUUGAAAUUCAUCUUUGUGUUCAAAUUUACUCUACCUUAUUAUAAUAAUAAUAACUCAUUCUUGUAUAGCGCCAAAUCCGUCAAAAUUGACGCUCAAGGGGCUUCACAGAAAU